CAUUUUAUGGUUGAUCAAGGAAAAUUAUGAUAAUCUACUCAAUGAAGUUGAGUUAGUAGAGAACAAGGCACAACCGAAUGGGUGUGAGAAUUGUUGGUGUGUCACUUUUAAGUGUUUAUUGUUUUCAUUUACUUCAAUCGCCAUAUUUAUCUAAGAAUGUCAGGAAAGUUGGGAAUCAGGACAUCAACAGAUGUCUGUGCAGAUUGUGCAGGACUAGAUCCGGGAUGGGCCUUAGUCAACCGUGGCUUGCUGAUUUGUGAUGAGUGCUGCAGCAUUCACAGAAGCCUCGGCAGACACAUAUCUCAGGUCAAAUCCCUCAAAAAAUCCUCAUGGAGCCCAACUCUGUUGGCUAUGGUGCAUUCCUUAAACAACAGCAACAUCAAUGCCUUGUGGGAACACACGCUUUGUGAUCCGAAAUCACCAAAGAAAAAACCACACAAUCGGGAUGCUCUACAUCCAACAAAAGCAGACUUCAUUCGAGCCAAGCACCAACAGUUGGCAUUCGUCUUACGCUCCAGCGACUCCGAAGAAGAGCUGAACCAACAACUGCACUCUAGUGUGCGGACUGGGAACCUAGAGACUAGCCUGCGCUUACUGGCUCAGGGUGCCGAUCCCAACUACUAUCAUGAGGAGAAGGGAAGUCGGCCUAUCCACGUUGCUGCAAGGGCGGGCCAAGCGGGGCAGGUGGAACUGUUGGUGGUCCACGGGGCGGACCCUGGGGCUCUGGACCAACAGGGCAAUACUCCAUCUGCUUGUGCUAGGCUAAGCGGGCACAGAGAGGUGAGUCAGCGGCUGAUUGAGCUACUGUACGAGGUACCUGAUAGGUUAACCUACUUCCUGUGUCGGCGGCGGCCGGACCACACCAGCGGUCAGCACUUCCUGGUCCCGGAGAUCGCAGACUGUCUGGAGACACCACAGCUGACCAAGGAGGCCAGGUCCAAACUCCAGCAACUUUCAAACCCACUCUUUGAGGAUCUAGCAAUGGAUGUCUACGACGAGGUGGAUCGCAGAGAAACUGAAGCCAUAUGGCUGGCAAAUCCGGCGAACGUGGAGCACAGUUCCGUGCCCUUCCUCCCCGUCAACCCUGAUCUGUCUACGAUGCGUAACCAGGGCCGCCAGAAGCUGGCAAGGUUCAGCCCGCGGGAGUUCGCCUCUCUCGUCAUCGACAUCCUUACGGACGCCAAGCGGAGACAGUCUCCUUCAGAGCGACUGAGUGUGAAACCUAACCAUAAAGACACAUCCGAUGAUGAGCCACUCUAUGACAGCGUUGCCUCGGAUGAAGAUUAUGCCACAGCCGAGCAAAUCGCAGCACUGGUGGCUCAAAACAUGAAGGGCGGAGAGAAGUCCGUGCCGGCCCCGGUGGCCACCGCAAGCAGAGCAGAGGUGACAUCAUCUGUGGAGGAUGAGUUGCGUUCUCGUCUGUCCGCUUCCCAACUGCGUAUCGUCCAAUUGGCAGCGGAAGUGCACAGGCUGAACCUAAAGGUGGAGGAGAUGACUCGGGAGAACCAGGAGUUACGGACGGCUGUGCAACACAACAGUCUGGCUGUAACAACUGAGACGGAGACAGAGCCUGUGUUAGACGUUAGAACUAUGCCUCAGCGGCCAGUCUCCAUGUACGAGACCCGGGAAUCCCUGCGAGCCCAGGCUGCAUUGAGUGGAGCCAUGCCCCAGUCGGAGGAGGUGGUGCGGCGGACAGACCAGGUGACCAAGCGGAUACAGGAGUUAUGGGCCACCAUGCAGUCUCCGGACACCAGACACGCCUUCGUCCCGUGUGCCGAGCGGAUACGAGUAGCAGUGGCUGAGCUCACUGCCAUCUUCCCUCAGAAGCCAGGAGACGAGGUGGUUCGCACGGCGUUGCGCCAACUCAAUACCAGCACCGUCCGUCUGCAAGCGGAAUGCGCCGGCCUGGAGAACAGCGCCGAGCGUGUCCGUUCCUGCGCAUACAACAUGGCCAAGGCCACGCGACAACUGCUCACCAGGUUCCAGUAACACCAGUAUUAAUACCAUCAUAAGUUUUAUUACAACGACUCAUCAGUACCGCAAAUUCUAAUGUAUCGAUACAGGCCUAAUAUUUUAUCUUGUGAUCGCUGUCUCGUGUUGAAUCUUUGGAUUUAUUUUCACCAGUAACCCUAUUUUAAUAACUUUUGUUAACUUGUUUGUUGAAUAUUUUCAACAACAAGUAAAGCUCAAGUAUUACGAGUUUUAUGAUCUGUACAUAAGCAUAAUAAUUUUAUUUUAUGAUUCUCAGAUUUUAAAUAUCUAUUAGGUAAGGUGAGUUAAAAUAAACACAUAGACUUAGGAAAUUCAUUCAUUUAGGAUUCUUUGGACUUGAAUUAGCAUUUUGAAAGGAUUCUCUCUUUAUUUUUGUUAUCUCAAUCAAACAGGAAGAUCUCCCGCAUUGGUUGGUACUUUUCAGUAAUUUAUUUUUUAUCUUUGUCCACGAGUUGUGAAAGAAUGCGUUGUUUGCUCGUUUAAAAUAUGAGGAGUCCCAAUAAAUUAUAGUGUUUAGAAUGGAUAUAAAAUAGGAUAAAAUAAAAUUAAGAAUUAAAAUUUGUUUAUUCUUUAAUGGGGAUAAACAUUGCAUUAACACAAUUAAUUACUCAAAUCCAAUUGUGUUAUUGGAUUUUUUUUAUCAGGAUCAAAUUAUAACCUGUUAAGUACGAAGAUUUAAAUUGUAGCAAUAGAUCUUGAAUCAAAUUUCUAUUAACAUUUCAUGAAACAUAUUAUCUGAUCAUGAUAUUUUAAAGCAGCAUGCUGUGAUACUGAGUAUAAUGCAUAGCACAUUAAAAAUAUUGGCAAAGUAACACCAACGCAAUGGUAACAACAAACAGCAAACAGCUGUUUGUCAGUAGCGGCUAUCAGCUGUCUGAUCAGAACAUUUGAUCUUGGUGCAUCAUUUUUACGAUUAUUUGUUUGAAAUAUAAGUUUUAUACAUGUUGCCCUAUCGUAUAUCAAUACCCAUAUCAUACAUUCGUAAUAUAUUGAUAAAUGAAAAGAAGUAUCAAAUGUGUCAAAUUACAUUUUCGAGCAACAAAUAUGUGGCGUGUUAGGUACCUCAAAACGCUUUUAAAAAGGCACAAAAAAUUUUUUUGCCUGCUGAAAAGCCCUAAAAAUUUGGCAAAGUCAAACAAUUACUUCAACAAAUGAGUGUCAAGAUGGAAAAAUAAAGACGGCAUGUGAAUAAGUUAAUAGUGCCGUUUUUCUAGUUUACUACAUAAAAUUCAUUUAGAAAUAUAUUCAAUUAUGGUUAUGUUGUUUGUGGUAAGUGUUGACCUAACCUCGCGUAGCGUGAUGUCAGCACUUUUACGGUUACACAUCUUAGAUCAUUCUUGACAAAUAAAAGAGUAUAGUACUCGUAAUGUUGGAAAAUUACUUUACCAAUGUGGGAGCAGUAUACUUGGAUCUAACCUACAGAGCAUAUCGUAUUGCCUAAAUUUGUCUGUCAAACGUUUAUCUUCCAUAGAGUAACAUGUUAUUCUAAUACAACACUAUACUGUAUUGGCUUGUUAAUUAGCAUAAAUUAGAAGUACAUUGUUAUA